UCGGCUUUUACCUGCAGGAGCUAGACGGCAAGUUUUACACAACUCUAGGGUCAAAGUCGGGCGCCAAGGCCAACAGGUGCUGCAGGGUUUCCACCCUGUUUUGCAUUAAUGCGUCUGGCUCCUCUCUCGCCAUGGUAGACGCCAAGGGUUUGUUGAAGCCGUUGGUCAUCGGUGAUGCGUUGAAUGUAUGAUUGUGUUGCAAUCGUCACUUAUUUAUUCGUGUUUUUUAUAACAAUUCUUGACCUUUACGACUCUGUAAUGCUCUUUACUUUACGCAAAAGCAUUCCAAAGGAUCUUGAAAAAGAUUUGGGCGUGUGUGAUGACGAUCAUUUACGCAACAUACUCAAGGUCUCCAAGUCAAAUUUUAGAGGCAAGUUGACGAUUUCGCUGGAGAGUCCCUCAAGGAACUUUUCUGCAUGGACCUUCAAUGACGUUUGCGCUGAAUAUAAUCUCCCCGAGAGCACCGAUCCCUCUCUCUCCGUGAUUCCACAAUUCGCCGAGAUAGAAGCCGCCAUAUUGGAUUCCGACCUACACAAAGAAGCCCUGGAUCAACUUAUCAAGGAGGUGGACUUUAGGACCCAUGCGCUGCAGUUAACAGGUGCAAAUGAUGCAACGAAAUCGAUAAUCAUGGCGUCGUUCCUAGUCGCGGCCACAAGAUUGUUUGAGGAAGACUUGUUUCUUGGUCGUCGAGGGAAUGGACCAGUGGACUUUUCGGUGCAUUCGCGAAAGACUAUGGACUCUCUCUCGGGACAAAAUCCUGAGGGGUCUCCUGGGAUGUGUCCAUAGUGCAGGGAGUGAACAGUAAGAUGGCAAUGCGUCAGUGAGCCGAGGUCCGAAGCCAUGGACAAGUCCGUGCGCACGCUGCUGCUGCUGCUGCUGGACCCUGCAACUACUGUGGCUAGAGAUUCUUUUUGCUAUCCUGACCAACAGUGCCGUGGAGUCGUGGGGCGGUAUGAGGCAAACAAAAGAGACGACAGGGUGUUGGGAAUAAUGGUAGAUAGACCCUAGACUAUUUCGAGAAAGUAAGCGGCGGGAACGGGAGCAGAGCAGUCCUGCGUGUG